AUGGAUGUUUCCGAAUUGAUAGAAUCAACAACACACGCCUCGCCAUCACCAGAUGGCCAUUACAUUGCUGGUCUAACCCCCGAUCACCUCUACGUGUAUUACACAGCAACUCUGACGAUUGCAUCUUCUUUCCCCCUCGACAACUCCAACGCCCCAACAACUCGAUCUACAGAAACUCCCACACUACAUUGGACGCCAUGUUCGCUUUCCAUCAUCCUACAGACCAGCAGUUAUGUGUCACUUCAUAGCCUGGCAAACACGGCUAGCAGAGUGAAAAUUGCCAAUGGAAGCGCUAGCUUGGGUAGAAUUGCCAGUGUGGAUGUUUUUGGUGAGAAUGUUUUUGUGGUGUGGGAGUUUGGUAGGGUUGGUGUUUUUGAGAUUGCGAGGGGAAGGGUGACGGAGAUUGGUGAGUUGAAGACUGGGAUUGGAAGUCUGAAGUCUGCAUGGGGGAUCAGAAGGGUCAAGGGGAGAGCUGAAGUACUUGCGAUGUUGUGUCGCACUGCGGCAACGGACGUGUUGUCCAUGAUAUUGACUCCCUCGACUACACCUUUCACGACGGUACAUGUACCGACAAUCGAUGCUCAGUCAUUAGCUUGGAGCCCAUCAGGUAAAUGGUUGAGCAUACUAGACACACCCUUGAGCGCGCCAAACUCCGCCGUACACAUCUAUACUGCAGAUGGCAACUUCUACCGCAGUUAUCCUCCUGCAAGUUCUGCGCCUGUUGAGGAAACCUACGCAUUAGGUCCUCUGCGUCAAGCAUGGGGCUCCAACCAUCUGGCUCUCGCCAACGCAGACGGUAGCAUUACUCUUCUCGCCACAACCACGUUUUCUCCAGUAUGCACCUUUGAACCAUGGACAAUAGCCGAGGACGACAUCUCAGCCGUAUACCGCGAGCAAGUAAGCGGCAAAGGCGAUCGCAACUGGACAUAUCUGGGCAACGGUGACGACAGCACCUCCCAACUCCUAUCAUCCUACUCACCAGCCAUCGAGAUGAAAUUCGAUGCAGCUGGAAAGUUCCUCGCUUUUCGACCAGAGGCAUUCCCAGAAACCGUGGUUGUUUGGAAGAUUCCUUCUUCCAAACCUAUCUUUGCCUCUGCCACCGAGCCGGAAGAAGAGGAAAUUGAAGAUCAAAAGACCUCGAUAUUGGUGUUCCACCACCACACAACUGUCAAGAAGCUGCAAUGGCACCCUACAAUCUCUGGCCUUUUGCUGUCGCACACAGAAGACAAUCAAGUCUACCUAUCCUCUACCACAGGCGAGACAAAUGCACCGCUACACCUUUCUCAUCCCUUCUCUGCCCCUGCAGCAGCUUCAUCGACUUCCUCUACUCCACCCACUGACCUUGUAAAUGCCCAUUGGGUGGCCUCAUCAACCAUCCUUAUCACCACCAAGAAACGCGGCUGGGUCAUGACAUAUCCUUUCGGUGCUCCCUCUGCUCCUUCGUCUCCAGUUCUACCCCAAUCUUCGGCUGGAGCUAAGGGAGCAAGAGAUGAAGAGACGCAAGAAGAAGCCAGCGAGGAUUCUUUGUAUGAUAUUCUUAGUGGGAGGACACCUUUGCCGGCAUUGAGGAUCUCUGAUGACUAUUUGCCUGAGGAUUCGGAGGUGGAAGGAGACGGAGAGGAUCAUGGAGACGGACUGAAUGAUACGUUCAGAGGAAAGGGGACUGCAGGAACCAACGGGAGUUUUGAGUACUAG